AAGUUGGAUAAGAAGAAGAUAGGGGAGUGAGAGAGUAAAAUCACUAGAAAGCUUUUGGGGAUGGCGAUAAUGAUGAGCUGCUCCUCCAUUUACUCUUGUUGUAUAACCUCCGAUGUCCCUUCCAUCUCUCUUGAAUCACCAAUUGGUGGUCGACAAUAUAUAGUUUUCCCUGGACGCUUUUUGUACAGACAGAGGCUCAAGGGUGCAAAUUCGUGUAGAAGAGAACUGGGAGCUUUUCAGACACUUAUCUCUGCAAAACUUGAUGAUGCUGCCCUGGGCCGACCACCUGCUUGUCCGGCACCAGGACCGAGUGCUGUUGAUAUGCGACGUGUAUCCUUGGCAGUCAGUGGUAGAGGAUCCAUGCCAGAGUUACCAAGUGAAAAAUAUUCGAGAAACUUAAAAAUUGAUCUGGUUAGGACAGCAGUGUUUACAAGCGGAUCAAUCAUUUUGUUGACGUGUUCGGACCCUGUAGCAGCAAGUGAAUAUUUGAAAAUCAAUUCCGUCUACGAGGUUGGGGAGUUAUUUGAAUUAGGGAUACAACUAUCCUACCUUCUUUUGCUGUUAGGCUUGCUUGGUGUUGGGACCUUUUUUGUUAUCCGUCAAGUUCUUGUCCGCAGAGAACUUGAUCUUUCUGCAAAAGAGUUGCAGGAACAAGUGAGGAGUGGUGAUGCAAGUUCAAUGGAGCUUUUUGAACUCGGGGCAGUGAUGUUAAGAAGGAAAUUCUAUCCAGCUGCUACAAAGUACUUGCUCCAGGCAAUCGAUAAAUGGGAUGGAGAUGACCAGGAUCUUGCUCAGGUUUACAAUGCGCUGGGUGUGAGUUAUGUUCGUGAUGGGAAAACCGACAAGGGAAUAUCUCAGCUUGAAACUGCUGUGAAGAUUCAGCCAGGGUAUGUCACUGCUUGGAACAACCUGGGUGAUGCGUAUGAGAAAAAGAAAGAUUACAAAUCUGCUCUAAAAGCAUUUGAGGAAGCUCUGCUAUUUGAUCCAAACAACAAACUGGCUAGACCAAGGCGAGAUGCGUUGAAAGACAAAGUGCAAAUGUACAAAGGGAUUCCUCUCAAGGGCAAGCAAAGAUGAUUUAUCCCAGUUUACUUUUUCUUUGUUUCCAGGUUAUUAUAUAAUGAGAAUUUUGUUGUCAUAGUGAACUUGUUUAAUGUUCGUGAAAUGUGUUUAUAAGAAGAUUUUCAAAUGCAUAUUCUUCUUUUGGCCAAGCACAAACCCGUAAACAGGGAGAGAUCCUUUUCGGCUAUUCAAGAAAAGUUGAUUCUUUCUUUU